AUGGGUACACGCUUCAAAACGGAAUCCAAAGACCCCGCUGUCAAUGUCACGACAUGGGUUCUUCUGGUCGUUGUCAUUCUGAGCGUCAGUGCCCGGCUGGGAACAAAAUUUAACUUAUUCCACAAAUUGACGAUAGAUGACUUGUUAAUUGUGGCUUCUUUGGUAUUCUGCAUUGUGCAAAGCGUGAUCAUAUCCAUGGCUGUGGCCUCUGGGUAUGGAAAGCACUUUAAAGAUUAUCUGUACGCCGGGUCGCUUCUAUACCUCAUUAGCCUUACGUUAUCGAAGUUAUCUCUCGCUGUUUUCAUCCGGAGCUUAACACCAACAUCAAAAGAUAGAAAGUAUGCUCGUCUUGUGGAGGGCAUGAUUUGUACAUGGGCUGUCAUCACAAUAUUUGGUACUGCCUUCCAAUGUUCCCUACCGCGGACGUGGGAUUUCAGGAACGGCAAAUGCUUCAAUGAGAUGGCAUGGCGCUUCUUCGUCACCGGCUCCAAUAUCGUCACAGAUCUUAUAAUAUUUUCCCAAGCUAUGAUCCUCAUUUCUAGCAUUCAGACUUCGUUGAAACGACGUAUGAUAUUCGCCGGUAUAUUCAUGCCAAGACUCCUUGUCUCUGCGGCUGGCAUUGGCCAGCUUGCGUUGAUUAAGAAAGGUACCCAGUCACGCGAUCCCACUUAUGGCCUGUGUGAUAUUACGAUUGUGGAAGUCACUGUGCAAUGCCUGAGUAUUGUAACAGCAUGCUGGGGUCAGCUCAAGCCAUUUCUCUCAUGGAUGAGAACCAAUGGGCUCAAAAUUGAGGGCGUGGACGAUCCAACCAGCUCGAAUUACAAGUACAACCGGUCGCAAACAAAUGCCAGGUCGAGCCAUAGGGGUCAUGGCACUUCGCAAUUUUCUAUGAGGGAUCAGAUUCUAGUCACACAAGACUGGGAGGUGGACAGCCAGUCUAGUCGGGCGCAAAUCAUCUCAGAGAACCAGCCUUGGUCUGCGGGUGGCAAGCGAUCUACCGAUCGACUCAGCGGAUGA